AGAACCCCAGUGCAUUAUCGCAUAUUGAUACGGGUUUCGUCGUAUUGUUUGCAAAGAAAUUGUGCUGUUAUUAACAAACUCUCAGCAGCACACCAGCAUCAGGAAGCACAAUGAAUGCGGCAGAAAAGUUAACCGUGGUGGAUGUGUAUGAUUUGGCACUGGAAAUCGGAAAAGAGUUCGAAACAAUAAUCGAUGCGAAUGGGGUGAACGCAGUGUCGGGAUUGAUUACGAAAGUGGUCAAUGCGUUGGAGUUGAUGGAAACGCUGACCUGCCAGAAUGAAAACGAGAAUGCCACCCUGCACGAGCUGCAGGAAAAGAUUGCCCAGCUCGAAGCGGAAAAGGAACAGAAAGCUGCAUCACGAUCUCGUUACGAAAAGGAGCUUGAAGCGAUUGAAGAUCAGUGGCGCACCGAAGCGAAAGAGCUGUUCAACGUGAUUGAUAAACUGCAGGAAGAGAAUCGAAAACUUCAGCGAGGAAUUGCACAGUCGGCAAGCGAAAAUACUAAUCAAUCCGACGAACGUUCGCGGAACGGUGGUGCGAACGAUGAAUUUCCCAUUGGGUCUAACAUGCAGGAGUCGGAGGCGGGUGUGUUGAAAAAAUCGGAGUACAAAAUCCAGCUCUCGCAGGUGGAAGAAAAGUUGAAGCGCAAAGAGAUGGAACUGUGUGAGAAGAUGGCCGAGAUCGAAAGUUUGUCGAGCCAGAACGAUCGCUUGAAGAAGGUGGUAAGUGAAAGCCGCAGGCGGCAAAAGCUUUCCCACAAUCAGAUCAUAACGCUCUGCGAGGAGCGGGCUGAUUUUCUGGCUCAAAUACAAGACCAGCAUCACGAAAUUAAGGCACUCCGAAUGCAGCUUGGUUUGGCUGAAAAGGAAAACGAAGAUUUGGCGAACCGUGUGAAUGAAGAUGAGCGUCCACGGUUCUCUACCGUUGAGCUGAAGGAGAUGCUUACCGAUCGCAACGAGCUAAAGGCUCGUGUGAGCGAUCUGGAGCAAGAGCUAAUGACGUGUCAAGCGAUUGGAACCGGAACGGAGAAUGGCAACAAAUCGAACGUAUUCCCGAAAGAACCCAGCAAUGAAGUGCCCACGGUGGAUUUCAGCGAACUGCCGGUACAAGGACCAUUACCGUACGAACCGGAUGAUGCACCAUGGAAAAAGAGCAACGAAAGUGGCAUAAGAAAGUUCUUUCGCAAGUUGUUCAACGAAACCUCGUCGGAUUGUUCGAGCUUUUCGCAGCGUUCACUAUCGACGCUUUCGAAAAUGGCACUCUCGUCGGGACCACACAGUGAUAUACCGAUUUAAACGGUAAGUUUGGCACAAUGAAAACAAUGCCAAGACGGAACCAGGAAAAUACAACGAUAACCGAUUGAAAUGGAUUGAACUCAAGCGUACACUAACACGUCUUACAGCUUACACGGCUUUUGACGGUUUUAUCGAUUAGAUUUACCACGUUUUGAUAAACCAAGUCACACGGUGCAUAACACGUGCAUAAGAAUAACGUUUAUUGCCAAUAUUGUUAGCAAAAAGGAAACGAGAGAGUAUAGCGUCUUGUUUUUUUUGUUGCCAACACUCAAUUUAUCCAAUUCGUAGCGAAGUUGUGUUUUAAAGGUUAGCAGUGCUGUUCUUUUUUCCGAUCGGAAUAGACAGCCAUAGUUAUGAAAGUGGACCAUUAAACACCACAAAUUCUUCCACCUCGAUCUUUCUACUGUAGCGCAUGCAUGCAGUACAGUUAUCUUCGCGUAGCAUACAAAUGGACGUUGUUUUUUGUAGCGAAGCAUAUUUUACUCUUAACCGGAAAAGGUGAAUAACACUACAAGACUUUUGGAAAGGAGAACCGUUUGAUUGACAAGUAGCACUACAGCUGUACGGGGCCCGUAUUUCAAACUCUUCCAUAUUACUAUUAGCAUUUUAAGAACCGUCAGCACUUGUGCCAGCAUAAGAUCGUAUGAUGGAGUAAAUGUUUAGCUGGUUCUAGUCAUCAUCCACCAAGCCGUUAAGUAGGAAGCCAAGUUAAUAAUUGUUAGCCAAGAAGCAUACAUUCCGUUAGAUCCUCAAUUAACAGGCUAUCUAGAGCGCAGUUCGAAUUUACCGUACUUUAGUUGUUCUUCCUCAUCAAGACUGUUGGACUACGUUGAGUUUGCAAAGCUCUGCUAAACCAGAAGGGUGCAAUUAAUCAUAACAUAUACGUUGGGAACAGGUAAUAUUAGGUCCGGUGGACAAACAAAUGGAAUGGAACGUUUAGGGUAUUUAUAAACUCUUAGAUCAACACUAUUACUUUAUUUACAAAAGGAAACAAAAACGGUGAGAAACAGAUGGAACCACAUCAAGUAUUAAGUCAAGACAAUAUGAUCAAUUAAUAGUGAUUUCACUUUCUACUGACUUCUCUACAUAUACCAACCCCUUCUCGAAACACACAUGACUGAACAUGAGUUGUAUGCCACACUUCUAUGUGCUGAGUGUCGUAGGCGUUUUGUCGACACAAGGCCCUCAUGGCUACUCAUAGCUCCCAUAUCUAGUGAGGAAUAUAUCUCAAAUAGAACAAACUAACAAGUACCAUUAUAUUCGUAGGAAGGGAAAAUAGAAAGCAGUGGAACAGGUUCGAUGUUGUAAGUUUAAUCUUAUUAAACCUUUUAGCCAAUCUACUACUAUCAUCAAACUGCAGUAAAGCAAGCAUACG